AUGUUGGGCUGGCGAGCUGACGCUAUAAGGCUGCGACUCGCUCUGCUGUCUGUUAUUCGGCUGAAGAAAGACCUACUGGCUUUGAAAGAGGAAAAAGAAGUACUUAAUGAAAUUGGAGAGGAAGAUCAACAUGAGGAUCUUCAAAAGACAGGAACUAGAAGUUAUUUCGCUUGUUUCAGUCAACAAGGAAACCUUAAAGUCCACAUGAGAAUUCACACUGGAAAAAAGCCUUUCACAUGCACUCAGUGUGGAAAAGGUUUCACUCUUAAAAUAGGUCUUAAAAGGCACAUGAGAAUUCACAAUGGGGAAAAGCCUUACACAUGCCCUCAAUGUGGAAAAGGUUUCUGUCAAAAUGGAAACCUUAAAGUCCACAUGAGAAUUCACACUGGGAAGAUCUAUUUCACCUGCCAACAGUGUGGGAAAAGUUUCACUCGUAAAGCAAAUCAUGACAGACACAUGAGAAUUCACACAGGAGAAAAGCUUUACACAUGCCAAUACUGUGGAGAGAGUUUUGCUCAACGUGAAAACCUUACGGUUCACAUGAGAGUUCACACCAGAGAGAAUUCUUACUUGUGCCUUCAGUGUGGAAAAAGAUUCCAUCAACAUAGAAACCUUAAAGUCCAUAUGAGAACUCACACUGGAAAAAAGCCUUUCACCUGUGAACAGUGUGGAAAAAGUUUCACUCGUAAAUUAGGUCUUAAAAGGCACAUGAGAAUACACAAUGGGGAAAGUCCCUUCACCUGCCAAUUUUGUGGAAGAAGUUUCACUCAAAAAGGAACCCUUAACAGGCACAUGGGAAUUCACACCGGGGAGAAGCCUUUUUCUUGCCAACUGUGUAGAAAAACCUUCACUCGUAAAAUAGGUCUUGAAAGGCACAUGAGAAUUCACACUGGAGAAAAGCCUUAUAAAUGCGCUCAAUGUGGAAAAAGUUUCAUUCAACAUGGAAACCUGACAGUCCACAUGAGAAUACACAAUGGAGAGAGUCCCUUCACCUGCCAACAAUGUGGAAAAAGUUUCAAUCAUAAAGGAAGCUUUAACCGGCACAUGAGAACUCACACUGGAGAGAGGCCUUACAUAUGCCUUGAUUGUGGAAAGACUUUCGAUCAACAUGGAAACCUUAAUGUCCAUAUGAAAAUUCACACUAGGGCCUGGCAAUAAAACGAUAAUGAUCACAAUAUGAUUUUUCUUUCUUGAACAGCAGUGUUUACUUGCUGAUCGGUCUUGCUCGCACAACCAUAUCCAUAAAAAGUGCUUGAAUAUAGUGAAGAACAUUACAUUUCUUGUUGAUUUACUUUAAAAACUGUGCUGACACUUUUAACAUUAGAAAUACUGUGCCAUGAACAAUACAGUUAGAAGGCUUUUCCAUGGAUUUACCAUAGUAACACUAACUGCACCAUGGUAUUGUGGCAGAAAUGUGAAAAAUAUAUGGAAUUUUACUAUUAAUAUAGACAUGUAUUGAUGUAUUAAAGGGGACCUAUUAUGCCCGUUUUUACAAGGGGCCAGAUUUACUAUCAGCUUGUGCCAGUGCAAACCCUCAUUUGGCAUUUAAAAAACUACUGUCAGGAUUUAGUAAAGACACACAGUGGGAAAUUAGUGCUGAAAAGGCGUGGACACAGUUAUUUUUGUGACUCACCUUAGAGAAUAUGCAUUUGUAGGAGUUUCCCUUUCGAUCUGUAAAUGUAUGGGAUGAGAUCAUUUAAAUGAAUUAAGCAACACAAUUUACUAAGAUUUGCGCUUGUCAAUUCCCUGUUAGUUGCAGCAUUAUUUAAUGCCCCAAAAAAAGCAUGUCUUAAAGUCC